ACGUUGGUUCAUUCACAAAAGCCGCACUGCUAUCAGGAUUACUCCAACUAAGUGAGAAGCUUCUUCUCCGGACUGACCCACUUUGCUUCGUCACUACUUUUCACAACAUGAGAAUGUCCGCGGCGGAGAUCUCCCAGGUGCUGAAGGAGGGCGAGCUGGAGAAGAGGAGCGACAAUCUGCUGCAGUUCUGGAAGAGGAAGACGUGCGUCCUGACCGCGGACAGCCUCAACAUGUACCCCGACACGCAGAAGCGCUCCCGGGGCAAAGAGCUGAAGCUGCAGUGCAUCAAGAAGGUGGACUGCGUGGAGCGCACCGGAAGGUUCGUCUACUUCACGAUCGUCACCACCGACAACAAGGAGAUCGACUUCCGCUGUUCCGGGGAGGACAACUGCUGGAACGCGGUCAUCACCAUGGCGCUCAUCGACUACCAGAACCGGAAGGCCAUAGAGGACUUUAAGACGCGCCAGGACAACGAGAGCGCGUCCCCGGGCCAGCAAGAAAGGCGCAUGGCCAGGGCGCCCUGAACGCACCACGAUAUCUCCUAAUAUGGGUUUGUGUGUAAACCAACACAAGAAAUAAUCAUUCUAGGACCAAAAGGAAGAAAAAAAAAGGACAGAUGACGUCAUCCGGUCCAGACAUGAAGGAUUGUGGACUGAGCUGUCAAGAUGACGCUUCUAAAAUCCCCACAGAGAUUUUCCGAACUCUACUCACAUGGACUGAAAGAGUAAAGUUUGCUUUCCUCGGGGGGUGGGAAAAAGAACAUGUUAAUUUAUUUGUUUCCUGGUGUCUACUGGUAAACCUUGUUUUUGUUUAAAUUAUUUGCAAUUUCAAUGUGUGGAUUGUGUAUAUUUAUUUCAAUAAAUACAUGUGCAUUU